CAGCUGGCUACACAUGUCUGGCUGCCCUUAUCAACUUAUCAUAUAAGGAAAGGAAAGUGAUUGAUUCGGAUACUGACACUGUCGAAUCUGGGGAAGAAACGAAGAGUCAGGGGAGCUGGUCAGGAAAGCCAGGGCAGCCCUCCAGAGUGAGCAGCACUGUUCUUCCCCCAGCAGUGUGACAGCUCACUGAGGACCCCGGGAGAAGACAGCAUUAGGAACUGAGCCUGCUGCAGGGACAGGAGGAAAGGAGGACUCUCACUGAUGGACUUGGCUAUGCAGCCCAACCCUGCUCUUUAGACAGCAGCUGAGGACUUGGGACUCACAUGUGUCUGGAAGUUUGUUGAACCCGCAGUUUAUUACCCCAAGAGAGAGAAUGUGGCAUAUUGUUUUCUUUACUUUGGGCUGUGAUCUUGUCUUGGCCGCAGCCUACAAUAACUUUCGGAAGAGUGUGGACAGCACAGGGAAAAGGCAAUACCAGGUCCAGCACGGGCCCUGCAGUUACACGUUCCUGCUGCCAGAGACGGAUAGCUGCCGCUCUUCCUCCAGCCCCUACAUGUCCAAUGCUGUGCAGAGGGAUGCGCCCCUGGACUAUGAUGACUCAGUGCAGCGGCUGCAGGUGCUGGAGAACAUCAUGGAGAACAACACCCAGUGGUUGAUGAAGCUGGAAAGCUACAUCCAGGACAACAUGAAGAAGGAGAUGGUGGAGAUUCAACAGAAUGCAGUGCAGAACCAGACAGCUGUGAUGAUAGAAAUCGGGACCAACUUGCUGAACCAAACGGCUGAGCAAACACGGAAACUGACUGAUGUGGAAGCCCAGGUUUUAAAUCAGACAACAAGACUUGAGCUCCAGCUUUUGGAACAUUCCUUGUCUACGAACAAAUUGGAAAAACAAAUUUUGGACCAGACCAGUGAAAUAAACAAAUUACAAGAUAAAAACAGUCUCUUAGAGAAGAAGGUGCUGGACAUGGAAGACAAACACAUAGUACAGCUACAGUCAAUGAAGGAAGAGAAAGACAAGCUCCAGGUGCUGGUAUCCAAGCAAAACUCUGUCAUCCAGGAGCUGGAGAAGCAACUAGUGACUGCCACGGUCAAUAACUCGGUCCUGCAGAAGCAGCAACACGACCUGAUGGAGACCGUCAAUAAUUUGCUGACCAUGAUGUCAACAUCUGACUCUAAGAAUUCCUUUGCGGCUAAAGGAGAACAUAUCGUUUUCAGAGACUGCGCUGAAGUCUUCAAGUCAGGACUUACCACUAGCGGCAUGUACACACUGACCUUUCCCAACUCCACAGAGGAGAUAAAGGCCUACUGUGACAUGGAGACAGGUGGAGGUGGGUGGACAGUCAUCCAGCACCGGGAAGAUGGCAAUGUUGACUUCCAGAGGACAUGGAAAGAAUAUAAAGAGGGGUUUGGCAGCCCUUUGGGAGAGUACUGGCUGGGGAAUGAGUUUGUGUCACAGCUGACCAAUCAGCAGCGCUACAUGCUGAAGAUACAGCUGAAGGACUGGGAAGGGAAUGAAGCAUACUCACUGUACGAACACUUCUACCUCUCUAGCGAAGAGUUCAAUUACAGGAUUCACCUUAUGGGGUUGACAGGCACUGCGGGGAAAAUAAGCAGCAUCAGCCAGCCAGGAAGUGACUUCAGCACAAAAGACGCGGACAAUGACAAAUGCAUCUGCAGAUGUUCACAAAUGCUCACGGGAGGCUGGUGGUAUGAUGCAUGUGGUCCUUCCAACUUGAAUGGACUAUACUACCCACAAAAGCAGAACACAAAUAAGUUCAAUGGGAUCAAGUGGUACUACUGGAAGGGCUCUGGCUACUCGCUCAAGGCCACAACCAUGAUGAUUCGGCCAGCAGAAUUCUAAAUGCCUGCUCCCUCCCUGGGAAGACUGCACUGUUUCCAAAGCACUGUUCUCCCUUUCCUCCUGACAUAGUGCACUAGGUGCAGGGGAGCUGUGGACUUCAUCACUUAAUCCUGCAUGGCUUAACCAGCCAAGAGAGCCCCAAAGCCUGAGGUGCCCGGUACUGGGUUUGCAGAACACCUGUGGGAAGAUGACUUCGAGGCUAAGAGACAGACAACAAUGUGCAGACUCCACUGUCACAACCAAGAAUGCUAAGGGUGAAUUUAUCAGCAAAUAACUGGAAAACAGAACACAUCCAUCGUGCAGAUAAUCUUGGGACUGCAUUCCUUUAAGCACUGUUCCUAGACAGUGCUUCCCAGACACAGUGUCACUAUCACCAUGCAAAAGGAGGUCACAUUCUCUAAGCCUUAACAGUAUAGAUUCAGGGAACUCCUAAGUGGUUACUACAAUUUAGUACUUGGAAGAACAUAGUAUAUUUUGACUCCUCUUAGGUGCUUUAAAUUUUCAUUGGAAAACAACAUAUUUACUUAUCUGUUGACAGCUUAGUUUUAAAUGUGUGAUACUUGUUUUAAGAUUAUGUGAUGAAAACCUCCACAUCUCUAAAUUACCAACAGAAGCGUGUGCUGUAUUGGUUUAUAUGAAGAUUGUACUAUUUUUCCUGCCUGACUGUUAAAUAUGAAGGUAUUUUUAGUAAUUAAAUAUAACUUAUUAGUUGAA